AUGGAUUCAUUGUUCAUUGGCCAUCGUCUGCCACUAUUGGCAACGAGGAUCAGCAAACCUGCACUGCUGAUAUCUGUGUGGGUGUUUUUCGGUGUCACUACCUUGCUCCUAAUCAGCCGUUUUGUGAUUCGAAUUUGUGUUCACCGCCGCUUAUUCUGGGAUGACUUUCUCGCAGCACUUGCCUAUGCGCUGCUGCUCGGCCACAACGUUCUCGCAACCUUGGUGGCACCCUCACUCUACUCCAUUAUGUCUGGACUCCAGGCAGGAAGACUUCCUAUUAACUUCAUUUCCCAGGUUGGCUGCCUGGCUAAAUUAACCUUUGCAAGCAACAUCAUUUUUACGCUUUGUCUGUAUGCCGUCAAAGCCAGCCUGCUUGCAUUGCUUUGGAGGCUUGUGAAGAACAUUGCUUCAUUUCGUAACGCAUGGUAUGCGAUCAGUGCAAUUACAGCCGGGCUAGGCAUAGUCUCCGUCGUUUUAAUUCCAGUGGCCUGCUCACAUCUGAAUGGCUUCAGUUGUAACACCCCUAAACACAUCAGACGAGAAGCGAUUAGUCUGCGAUUCACUACUACCGCUGAUAUUCUUUCAGACUUAAUGCUCAUGUCCCUACCAGUUGCAUUCAUCCUCACCUCUACCCUUCCUUUAUCCCAGAAACUCGGCCUGGUUGGACUGUUCCUGCUUGGUUUCACCGUCAUUGCUAUGUCGAUCCUUCGAAUUGCGGCCAUCGACAACAGCCUUAAGGCACAUACGCCUCCAUCUUGGCUCCUCUUUUGGGAUGCAAUGGAAUGCACUAUAGCUGUGAUAGUAUCUUGCGUUGCAGCUUUCAAGUCUCUUUUCACAUAUCGCAAGCAUGCUUCUGCAUUUAGAAAAUAUGCUAAUGUUUCCGAAAACUCGGGGUCUAACAAAACUGGCAUUGCACUUCAUUCCCGAAAUUACUUCGAUCCUACACCUAUGACUAGUGGGAAAUGCGAUACCACUACGCAUAUCACGCCAGGAAAGGCAAGAAAAUGGAAUGAUGGUAAAUCAAGAGAAGAAAUCAUAUGCAGCACUGAGUUUGAAGUGAAAUACGAACAACUUCCGAUACCUGAGCAGCCGCCAUCUAUUCGGCUUUCUCGCUGA